AUGACUUCUACCGCCACCACCACCCUCAACUACUUGCUCGCUCCGCUUGACGGUUCUCAGCCUUACACUGACAUCAAUGCAGAUACCGCCAAGGGAAAGCCGGUCAACAACUGGCUCAAGGACCCGCAUGAAAUGCAAAUCGAGGACGUGCGCGGGAAGGAGGAACUUUACAAGCUUGACAGCGCUGGAUUUCAGUAUGGAAGAGAAGCGGCGAAGCAUACCAGCUUCUUGAAUGAUGAUGAGAUUGAGCGCGAAUACUACCCUGAGAGCAUCGACCUCAUCAAGAGGGUAACGGGAGCGACCAAGGUUGUCAUCUUCGAUCACACUGUUCGUCGCCGCCGCCCAGGCGAGCUAGGCAAUAGCCCACAGAAACGUCAACCGGUCCCGCAGGCUCAUGUAGACCAGACGCCUGCGGCGUCCAUUGCUCGUGUCCAUAGGCAUCUCCCGCCCACAGAAGCUCCUGCCUUUCUUCGCAGACGCUUCCAAAUCAUAAACCUCUGGCGUCCUAUAUCGCAUGCAGCUGUAGAUUGGCCACUUGCAUUAUGUGACUUCCGAAGCGUCGACUUCGAGAAAGAUUUGACGCCUGUCGCUCUCAUAUACCCUGACCGCGAGGGUGAGACAUUUGGAGUCAAAUACAACCCCAACCACCAGUGGAAAUAUCUGAAAGGGAUGACACCAGAAGAGUUUGUUCUUAUUAAAUGCUCCGACUCCGUACAAGAUGGGAGUGUCGCGAGGCUCGCUGCUCAUACAGCCUUCCAAGACCCGAACACCCCAGAGGGAGCGCCGCCUCGGGAAUCCAUCGAGCUGAGGACCCUUGUAUUCUAUGAUUAG